AUGGAGUGCAUCGUGGCGGAAGUGGGCUGCGCAAGCGUGCAUGUUGCGGAACCUCCCGCCUUGUCGAAGUCGAAAGCGGCGCGGGUUGAGAGGCCCGCGCUGUUUGUCCGCGAGUGCCGUCUCUUGAUUCCCUCGUGGCCCCCUCUUAGGCUCUCGAUCCCCCGUACCUGUGGUCGCGCUCUUGAGGUGGUACCGGUGAUGAACCGCGAAAUGAAGGCACUUAGAGCUGGGUCGAUGGCGGCCGCCUCCUGUCCGGCCAACAUCUCUGUUGCGGGAGCCACGGUGGACCUCCCCCCCGAUCAGUGGAAGCUGCUCGCUGAUGACAAGCAUCCGUUCACGGCCCGUCUGUUCGACUUCGUCGCUUGCGUGAUUGUCCAGAGGUUUUUGGAGAAAGAGGUGCAGGAGCACAUCAGGGUCGUGACGAGCGAUGUGGUCGCGGACAUUGUCGCGGAUCGCGAUGAGGCUGUCAAGGCCUUUGCCGGUGUGAUGGAGUGCAGCCUUGUUGCAUUCUGCAUCUGGACCGAGGACUUGGUGGACAACAAUUGCUCGAACGCGAGCAUGCUCCUUAUGCUCCACCCAGAUCACCUGUCGAUUGACGGUGACGAGAAUUGGCACACGCGUUUCGUUCGCGUUGCUAUUCCACCUGGUGGGCGGGAACACGUGACCGCGGCGGAGGCAAUUGUGGAGUGGUUUCAGGGUCGCGUGGACGAGGAGUUUGCUCGCGGCUCCAUUCAGUGCACCCGGGCGCGCCAGCUUCAGGAUCCCAAUCGGCUGUACGAUAUGGACGCGACGUCGUUGAAGGGCUCCUGCGGCAACCUCGCUUGUCUGUUCGCGUUAGACAAGACUCUUGCUCAGUUGGACGCGGUUGCUGCCAAUGGAUCCGGGCCGCAAUUCUCGAGGCCUACCGCGAAGACUCUGAAUGCACUGCGGCAUGACGCCCACCAAACCGCCGAAGAGCUCGCGUUCAACUUGAGCGUGGAUUUGCCGCGACACAAGCACGGCGGUGAGGCUGAGGGGGCUGAAUUGGGGAAGAUGCAUGAAGUGACAACGGGUGCGCGGGUUGCUGACCAUGGUGUACUCGCUCUCACAGGUGCCGCUGGUGUUUCGAGCCGCGGAGGUGCUCGCGGCGGGACGGCGGUCCACGCCGAUGACGAUGGGGCAGACGAUACCGCGACUAAGGGUGCACCCCGCGAAGACGCUGACCGCACUGUAGCGCGUGAGGGGGAAGAGUCAAGCGAGGAGGAGGCGGAGGCACACGUGGUCGCGGCCGCGGCAGCCAACAGGCCCGCUACAUCCGGCAAGAGCAUCAAGCACCUCGCGCAGCACUUGGCCCCCGGUGCUGGAAGCGCGGCCCCGAGUGGUGAGGUCGCGGGCAAGAGUCCCGUGACAUGUGCGCGUGAUCACGCGUCCCUUUCCGCGUUGCCCUCGCAUAGGCUUGCUGCCGAGAUCCUGCAGCUUGACUGCAGGCUUGCAGCGCAGGCGGAAGAGAUCGCACGGCUGAAGAUACGCCAGGAGUCGGGGGUUGGAGGAGUCGCGGUCGUGGGCUCCGAGGAGCUCGCGGCCGCGCUGUCUAAUGCGGUUCGGUUGCUGGAGAGGGAGGCGAGGGCGCUCGCGCAGGAAAGGGCGGCCCUGCUGGACACGCGUAACCAGGAGGCGUUGGUGCUGGGGCGAGUGGACGCGAGGUUGGGCCAGCUGCAGGGGGUGGUGGCGGACUCCAUGGAAACCGCGCAGAAGAAGUUGACGGACGAGGUUGCGCGGAAGAUCGACAACAUGUCGUCCGCGGUCUCAACGACAGCAGAGCGGGCAAUCACAACCAGCGGGGUCACGAACGCGCUGCACACCCUCAUCGCGCUCGUCGGAGGGAGCCCGACUCCGCGCACCUGUACGGAAGAUCCGGCCGCGACGGAGAAUGCCGAUGCCGGGGAUGCUGAGCAUGAUGACGAAAACUACCUCUCUAACUCGUUGUCCGCGCUCAACGAGGGGGAGGAGGAAGACAACGAACGAGUGCGGGGUACGCGAACGGAUUUGGAGGUUCCCAUCGCGGAUUGGAACCGGCUUGGUGUGGACGACACGCCGGUCGCGAAAAAAGAGGUGUGCAUGGGCAUCCUCUACGGUGUCUCUGAAGCCACGCUGAAGAAAUAUCGCGGUUGGGCAAGAGAGUACAAGCUCUUCAUGGCGCACGAGCUGCCGAAGCUGGACGCGAAUAGGUUCGGUGAGGAGGCCGCGUUGGAAAACGCGAACCCCGACGAGAUCGGGGCCGCGCUCGAGCAGGACAUGGGUGCUGACUGGAAGAUGGCGAAGGGCGACGAGCAGUGGUUCCACGGCCCUGAGACGAAUCCGUGGAGGUUACGCAAAUACGUGACCUUCCUCGCGAACGAGACGGUCGCCCAGGCGGACAGGAUGGCCACACUCAAGCGGCCCGACAAGACCCUGAAGAAGAGACGCCAGUGCUCCCCUGCAAUGCUGAUGGGGCGUCUCAAGGCUCUGAACAUGCUCAUCAAGCUGGACGGGGCCAUCUUCAGGAAGCCGGUUCUGAAUCUCCUGCGCGACUUUGCGGUGUGUCGCAUCUGGGUCCGCGUUCAAGUCCGCGACCAGUACAAGCGGUUCAUCGCGUAA